UGCUUGGCUAACACGCGAAGUUGAAAAAGCCCCGGGUUUUUGCUGCUUUCAUGCUCUUUUCCUCUUCAGCUUUAUUGGUAAAACUGAAAACUUCCUUCUACAGCUUUUCUCUCCAAAAAAUUUUGCUAUCUAAUUAAAAUUAAAUCUUGGACAGGUAAUUGCUUUUUUUGGUUCUGCAUAAAAUUUAGUAUUUUGAGGAUGUUGCUUUUGGAUCCCUCAAAGAAGAUGUCAUUUAACCGGUGCAUUAGAGAUGGAGACUUGGUUAUUGUCUAUGAGAGGCAUGAUACUAUGAAGGCUGUUAAAGUGUGUGAGAAUUCGGUUCUUCAAAAUCGUUUUGGUGUGUUUAAACAUUCGGAUUGGAUUGGGAAGCCAUUUGGUUCCAAAGUGUUUAGCAACAAGGGUGGAUUUGUUUACCUAUUGGCUCCAACGCCGGAGUUAUGGACUUUGGUUCUAAGUCACAGGACUCAGAUUCUCUAUAUUGCAGAUAUUAGCUUUGUGAUUAUGUACUUGGAAAUAGUUCCUGGUUGUUUGGUUCUUGAAUCAGGGACCGGAAGUGGAUCUUUAACAACCUCACUUGCAAGGGCUGUGGCUCCUACCGGACAUGUUUAUACAUUUGAUUUCCAUGAACAGAGGGCUGCGUCAGCUAGAGAGGAUUUUGAGAGGACAGGAAUAAACACCUUAGUUACUGUGGGAGUCAGAGAUAUUCAGGGUGAGGGAUUUCCAGAUGAAUUUUUCGGGUUGGCUGAUUCUGUAUUUCUGGACCUUCCACAACCUUGGCUGGCCAUUCCUUCAGCUGGAAAAAUGUUGAAACAAGAUGGAAUUUUGUGCUCCUUCUCACCUUGCAUUGAACAAGUGCAACGCUCAUGUGAAACUCUUAGAUCAAACUUUACAGGUACAGACAUAAGGACCUUUGAGAUACUACUUCGCACGUAUGAAAUCCGUGAAUGGAAAAUGGAUUGCUCAAAGGUUGAUGAUGAUCGUUCCGUUGCAUCUCCUCCAUGCAAGAGGAGGCAGCCUUCAGGUGAAGGAAGCAUGGGGGACAACCCAAGUUCUCCAGCAGUCAUGGCUCGGCCAUCUGCUGAAGCUAGAGGGCAUACUGGAUAUUUGACAUUCGCAAGACUUGAGCAUGUGUCAUGAAAAACAUUACUCUUACGAUCAAUUCAGCACGAUAUUGAGAGUUUGUAUCCUUGUAUUCUGAUUGAUUCUUACAUCACUCCAUUACAAAAUUGUUCAUUCCUUAUCAUCUCUGGUCAACACAGAAGGUUCUGAUAAUGGUUUAGGCUCUUGUUAUUCCAUGUUGCUUUCAACUGAGGUGUACCAAAAGUCUAAAACUAUAUCAUACAGAUGGGACGAUGAUAUUUCUUUCUGCACUUGGGGUUACAGGAUACAAUUUUUUAUGUGGAGUUGUGGAAAGAAUAAUCAUCAACUCUUGGCAAUCAAAGCUUCACUAGAAUAACAUUGCCAUUUGCCAAUUCUAUUGUUUCUUUACAAAUGCAUUUCUGAUCCUAUUGUUUCAUUAUAAAUUAAAAUUUCUCAUCCAAAAGUCUUCUAUUUGCAGUUUUUAUCCUCUCAUGGCAAAAUGUACUGUUACGCUUCAUAUCUACCAUGGAAUCUUUCGAUUGGAUUCCUUAAGUGGCUGAAAAAUGUCCUGGAAAUGGAUUUUAGGGGAUUAUCUAGUUGGCAAAAUAUGAGGUCCAUGGUUUAGAUUUCCCUUUUGAAAAGAAGCCUUGAUUGUCACUUCUGUCUUGGCAUCUUUAGUACACAUACUAGUGAAUUCAUGCUAUCCAUGCAUUUCCAGCUCUAGCUAAUCACCACCAAAUGAAGUUUGCAGAACUUUGGACUAAUUGAUCUGUUCGGUUUUUGUCCAUAGUUUGACAUUACCCAUAACAAGAAAUCAACACGUUGGAAACUGAACUGUUAACUUCAUAUAUUAGUAUGGAUAAUCAAGCAUUAAACAUGCACCUCUACUUGAAUUUGCCGUAAAGAUUAUAGAAUGUAUGAUUUUCAAGUUUCAGCUUCAAAAUAAAACUGUUCAUCACUAUUACCUCAGUCUUUUGACCUUUGUGUCCAAUGUUUUAUUCAUCUUAAACACCACUUUUGUUAGUGACUUCACAGUUCAGACUUUAAGAAUGUGAACCGCAAGACUGAUGAAGCUAACUGCCAAGUGCAAAAGUAAAUGCCUUGUCCUUUUCAUGCCCCGCAUUUUUGUAUUCAUGCAGGUUUAAAACCCCAACCUCUAUGACCUUGCCUUCCUUUUGUAACAUUCAAAAUGCAUAGCAUUGCAUUCGUUCUUUCUCCUUAGCUCCAUUGUUCAAACCUCCAACUAAAAACCACAACCCCAGAUAUAGUCGGGUAUCAAACCUAUCUUCUUUAAAGCCGUUAGAUCUCAGUUCCAGAUAUGGACAUUCAUAUCAAGAACCUUCUUAUCUGUCUUCUUGUUCAGGCUCCAAUGCUCUAAUCUUUCAGUCAUUCCUCAUUUCAGAUAAAACAUGUGAUAGUUUUAAGGUCAGAGCAACAUCAGUUCCUGAAAACAUAGAUGACACAAAGGACUCCAGCGGUUUGGCUAGGACCUUGCAGCUUGGAGCCAUGUUUGCAUUUUCGCAUUUUCUGAACAUCAACUUCAACAUUUUCAACAAGCAGGAUUUAUAUCCUUUUUUUAAUCACAAUUUCUUAUUUUCACUAUAGUUCAAGGGUCAUCCCUUAAAUAUAUUCCCUUACAAUUAAGUCAGCAGUGUCUUAGAGAAAUGCAAUUCAAAGCACCGAAGUAAAUCUUGAGUUCGGUGAUAAAUUUUCUUAGAUUGCUAUUGUUAGUUUUCGAUAUACCAUUCACAUUAAGGCUGAUAUAUUU